AUGCCAUAUUCCCAGAAUAAUUUCAUCAUCAAGAUAAAUAAGUUCAGGGAGGCGUUGGAGAAACAUGGGAGGGAACAAUGUAGCAUUGGAGAGACAAAGGGACUUGAGGAGAAAGAAUUAGUCGCAAUGGCCACAAAUAAAAACCUAUCUUUCGAUUACAUACCCAAAAGUAAAGGAUUAAACAGUAAUAAAAUAGAAAAGGAUACAAUUCUCUCAAGAUCUUCAACAUCAAAAGAACAAGAUCAAGAACGUUCUCUACUAAUUAGCCCUGUGGGAAUUGUCUAG